AUGCAGUCACAGCGUGACGUGGAAAAUGGUACUUGCUGGAACCCAGACACGGCCCCAUAUAGCGCUGUUGGUGAGACGACUGGUUUGCGGGCUCCGGAGUUAGCGCAGCUGGCUGCUACAGGCUCCGUGCGUCAUCAGCACCCUGUUCUGCAUAGUUCACGUGCUCGCCAACUGAUUCUCGAAGCUCACCAUGCACGUCAUCAAGAGAAGCACAGUGACUCGUCAGGCGCUGUGCAAGAUGCGAUUUUGGGGGCGGCAGACGGGCUUACGGUACCGUUCGCGCUAGCAGCGGGUCUCUCUGGUGCGUUCACCAAGUCAAGCUACAUCGUUCUGGCAGUUUUAUCGGAACUGGUGGCGGGCGGUAUUUCCAUGGGUCUUGGUGGUUGGCUCGCCGGCCGUUCCGAGGUGCAAACCUUUGAAUCGGAACGGGAACGUGAAGAGCGCGAGGUUCAGCAUACACCUUUGGCCGAAGAGGCAGAAAUCUAUGAAAUUUUCCGCCCCUUUGGUGUUCCGGAAAGCGCUAUCGAGUCCGUCCUCGCUCACUUCCGGGAGCAUCCGCGUGAUUGGGUAGACUUUAUGAUGAAGUUCGAGCUUGGGCUCUCCGAGCCCGACCGCAACCGCCCAUGGCGCAGCGCACUGACAGUAGGCGGCUCAUAUGUGCUCGGGGGCCUUGUUCCGCUGAUUCCGUACCUGCUCAUUAGCGAUGCGCGGGAAGCUCUCAUGUGGAGUAUUCUUUUCACGUUUUUAGCGCUGCUCCUUUUUGGCUGGGUGAAGGCUGGGUUUACGGGGCAGAGUCGUUGGAAGUCGGCGAUAGAAACAGCAGCUGUCGGUGGCUGCGCUGCCGCAGCAGCGUUCGGCGUCGCCCGUUGGUUCGACUCGCUCACCUCUCUAUCCACGUAA